CCUCGCCGCCCGGAGGGGGCCGCGCCGGCGCCUGACCCCCGAGCAGAAGAAGCGCUCCUACUCGGAGCCCGAGAAGAUGAACGAGGUGGGGGUCUCGGAGGAGGCCGAGCCGGCGCCCUUGGGCCCGCCGAGGAGGGGCCUGUGUUUCCCGGAGAGCACGGUGGCCGACCGGCGCCGCCUCUUCGAGCGCGACAGCAAGGCCUGCUCCACCCUCAGCCUGUCGGGGCCCGAGCUGAAGCAGUUCCAGCAGAGCGCCCUGGCCGACUACAUUCAGCGCAAGACCGGCAAGCGGCCCUCGGCCGCCGCCGGCGCCCAGGAGCCCGGGCCGCUGCGGGAGCGCGCGCAGAGCGCUUACCUGCAUAGCGGCCCCGCGGCGCCCGAGGGCCCCGGCCUCGCCUCGGCCUCCAGCCUCAGCUCGCUGCGGGAGCCCGGCCUGCAGCCCCGCAGGGAUGCCACCGCCCUCCUGCCGGCGGCGGGGGAGCUCUCGCGGGCCCCCCGAGACCGAGACCGCAGCGGCUCCUUCGCCUUCAGCCGCCGCCUCGGGGAUCUGCGACGUGCGGACCAAGCUCCGAGGGAGCUGCCCGGUGGAGCUGACGGCGGACUGAAGGACACCCAGAGGAUGCACAGGACCCCUCAGGAGCUCUCCUCGUGGGGGGCCGCGGCCGGGAGGGCCGGGAAGUCCCUGUCGGCCGAGGACCUGCUGGAGCGCUCAGACGUCUUGGCCGUCCCGGUCCACGUGAGGUCACGGUCGUCCCCCAUCGCAGACAAGAAGCUCCAGGAUGUGCUUUUGGGGGAAAACAAUGGCUUUGGUCUUGUGAAGGAUCCAUGUUAUUUGGCUGGCCCUGGAUCCAGGUCACUCAGUUGUUUGGAAAGAGGCCAAGAAGAGAUGCCGUUGCUCAAACACCAUCCUAGCCCUCGUUGGGGUGGUUCAGGCUGCAAAGCAGUUAGUGGUGCCUCAGUUCCCAGCGAAUGUCCUGGACUGCUGGACCAUCAAAGGCAGGCCAGCAGAACGCCUUGCCCCAGGCCGUUGCCCACAGGAAUGCAGGGGCAUCUCACAGAUCCCAGGGCUAUACCACUGACCCCCCUCAGCUCUGUUCUGCCUUCCCCUGUCCCCUCCAGCUUCUGCUCACAGGCUGCUGCUGAUCAGCCGACUGGAAGGGAUGGUCAGAUGGGGCAGCAGCCUCUUUUGCCCUACACCCCAGCAGUGACCCACAGAAGCAACGGUCACAGCCUGGCCCAGCCUCCCAGUCCGAGGGGCCAUGAGCCCAACAGCCCAGAGCAUGGGAUAGAAGAGGGAAUGAGGAAGCGGGUCUCGCUGCCUCAGAAGCCUGUCCCGCCACGGGUGAAAUGGGCCCAUGCAGUCAGAGAGGACAGCCUCCCCGAAGAAUCCUUGUCGCCUGAGUUUGCUGACCUGAAGCACUACAAAAAACAGCAAAAUCUUCCAAGUUCAAGCAGCACUUCUGACCCAGACACGCCUCCUGGGGUCCCAAGCACUCUGGGGAGGAUUUCCCUUCGAAUAUCCGAGUCUGUCCUGCGGACCUCCCCCCCACCUCGGGAGGACUAUGAUGAUGAGGUGUUUGUGAAGGACUUGCACCCCAAUGCCACUUCCAGCCCUACAUUUGAAGCUCUUCCCCCACCCCCGCCGCCUCCACCUAGCCAGGAAACCCCAGUGAAUACCUUGGAUGACUUUCCUCCACCUCCGCCCCAAGCUGUGUAUGAGGCGCAGCUGGACAGCGAGGAUCACAAGGAGCCCCAUGCCAGCAGCUCCAGCAAAUUUGCCAAGGUGACUAUUGCCAAGGAAAGGCCCAGGCCUGGUGCAGCCCAUUUGGUUGGUAGUCAGCUACUAGCUUCCAGAUCCCAAACUUCUAUCAAGAGUUCGGAGGCCACUGAGACCAACCUGCCGUCCACCGUGGGCGCUCUGCCCCAACUUGCUGGGUCUCUUGUCCAGCAACCGAGCCCUGGGCAGCUGCCUCCCAUCCGGACCCAAAGCCUCAUCCAUGACCCAGUCAGUGGGACUCAGGGUUUAGAAAAGAAUGUCAGUUCUGGUCCUCAGAAGACCUCAGAAGACAUCAGAACAGAGGCUCUGGCCAAGGAAAUUGUCCACCAAGACAAAUCUCUGGCAGACAUUUUGGAUCCAGACUCCAGAAUGAAGACAACUAUGGACCUGAUGGAAGGUUUGUUUCCCCGAGAUGUUAAUUUGCUGAAGGAAAACAGCAUAAAGAAGAAGGCCACGCAGAGAACUGUCAACUACCUAGGAUGUGAAGGCAAGAGAAGUGAAGACAAGGAAGCGCUGGGCAUGUUGGUCAACUGCUCUGCCUACUACAGUGUGUCUGCUCCCAAGGCUGAACUUCUGAACAAAAUCAAAGAUAUGCCAGAAGAGGUGAAUGAGGAAGAGGAGCAGGCAGAUGUCAAUGAAAAGAAGGCCGAGCUGAUUGGAAGCCUCACCCACAAGCUUGAGAACCUCCAGGAAGCGAAGGGGAGUCUGCUGAUGGACAUCAAGCUCAAUAACGCCUUGGGAGAAGAGGUGGAGGCCUUGAUCAGUGAGUUCUGCAAGCCCAAUGAGUUUGACAAGUACAAGAUGUUCAUCGGGGACUUGGACAAGGUAGUAAACCUGCUGCUUUCCCUCUCGGGGCGCCUGGCCCGUGUGGAGAACGUCCUGAGCGGCCUUGGUGAAGAUGCCAGUAAUGAAGAAAGGAGCUCUCUGAACGAGAAGAGGAAGGUCCUGGCUGGACAGCAUGAGGAUGCCCGGGAGCUCAAGGAGAACCUGGACCGAAGGGAGCGGGUGGUGUUGGACAUCCUGGCCAAUUACCUUUCAGAGGAGCAACUCCAGGAUUACCAGCAUUUUGUGAAGAUGAAGUCAACACUCCUCAUUGAGCAGCGAAAGCUGGACGACAAGAUCAAACUUGGCCAGGAGCAGGUCAAGUGUCUGCUGGAGAGUCUUCCCCCGGAUUUCAUUCCCAAGGCGGGGGCCCUGGCUCUGCCCCCCGACCUCGCCAGUGAAAUGACUCCCGUUGGGGGAGGUACUGUCAGUGGUAUUUUUCCAACAUUAACCUCUCCACUUUAACCUCUUCUAAAAUACCCAACCAAAAGAUCACCCUUUCUCUCAACACUAUUUAAUCUGAAAAAUGUUUUAGUACAAACCACUGUUUAAACUAUAUGGGUUAUUUGGGGGUUUUUCUGGAUAAAAGGAAAAAUUCUGUCCAGGAAAAAGCCUGUUUUUUUCUUCUUGCCCUUCAUGAUUGAUCUUCUGAGAGCGUGAAUGCUGCUGGGAACUUGCCCCUUUCUAUUAUUACUUGUAGUAGAAAGAAAAUUAAUGAAACUGUGAGAACUGAUUGGAGGGUGUUUGAUCAUUAGUUUUUAACAGGCUGAGGCAACACAGAUCAGUGUGUGUCACCCUCAGGAAUGUAUCCACAGUGGCCUUCCUUGCUUGUGGGCAGUGUGUUCUGACGACAGGUACAAGUACUCAUUAAUGAAGGGUCUGCAACAUAAAGCCUUAAAAAGAAACACACAGAAGAAAAUUGUAAAACCUUGAACAUUGUUGUUAUUUAUAUUUUUAAAAAUGAAAAAAGAUCAUUGUUUUGUGUGCUAACCACUUAUUUGAUUCUAUUUUGUGGUGGACGUAGACAAUUAUGUUUGAGCUUUGUAUUUUGUGACAACCUUAAUGAAAUGAAGAAUUCCAAAGAUAGUGA